UAGGCCACCAAAAAAUAGAAGAGAAGCCAAAAAUUAUUGGGCGCAGUGCACAGUGAACACACAUUCUUCCCAUUACCUUCCUUCCCACCAAAAUCCCGAAAAUUAAUCCAAAGUUUAGAGCGAUAAGCAUGGAUAAACUCUUAAUCCAACCGCUAAUCGCGGUCCUAAUCUCGUCGUUGAUCGCCGCCAGAUCCUACCGAAGAAAAUCACUCAACCUCUCAGGGACAAUCGCGGGUUUUGCCGUCAUGACCAUCCAUAUUGCAGUCGGGUACAGGUACGGAGCUUUGCUGCUGAUGUUCUUCUUCACAUCGUCGAAGCUGACCAUCGGGGAAGACAAGAAGCGGCGCGUCGACGCCGAUUUCAAAGAGGGUGGCCAGAGAAAUUGGGUGCAGGUGUUAUCCAACAGUGGGAUCGCGUCGAUCUUGGUUCUGAUUCUGUGGGCAAAAUCGGGAUUGCAGGAGAAGUGCUUGGACUCGAACGACUCAGUUCUCGUUACGGCGCUCGUUGGUGGGGUUAUUGGUCACUAUGCUUGCAGCAAUGGCGACACCUGGUCUUCUGAGCUCGGAGUUCUCAGCGAUGCUCAGCCUCUGUUGAUCACGACUCUUAAGCCUGUUAGGAAGGGUACCAAUGGCGGAGUUACAAUAGCAGGACUACUGGCAGCUGCAGCUGCAGGCUCUGUUAUCGGACUGACAUUUGUGGUUAUUGGAUUUCUCACUACAAAAUGCGCAUAUGAUGUAGCACUGAAGCAGCUGUUGGUGAUACCUAUUUCUACUCUUGCCGGACUAGGUGGUAGUGCCAUCGAUUCUCUUUUGGGAGCAACGCUGCAAUUCAGUGGAUUCUGCACUGUUCGUAACAAGGUUGUUGGAAAGCCGGGGCCAACAGUUAAGCAAAUUUCAGGUCUUAACUUUCUUGACAACAAUGCUGUGAAUGUUGUUUCGAUACUGCUGACAACAAUUCUCACUUCCAUUGCCUGCGUUUACAUUUUUUGAGAUCGACCUGCUCAACAGAAUGAUCUUUCCAUUAUCAUCUAAGAUGGCGACGUGGUGUAGAUGCAAUUGAAACUGUUUCAUGUACGCUAGCACAAUAACGGUAGUCUGUAUCAUUGUAAACUAUGAUUUGGAUAAAGAGUUUAGUAAAUGUUAACCUUCUAAUAA